AUGACAAUCACCAAUGGGGUAGGGCCGGCCGGGGUCGCGGAGCCUCGGUCCAGUGGCAUCGAGGUGGUGAUCGUGGGGCUGGGCAUCGCGGGACUGGUGGCGGCCAUCGAGUGCCAUUACAAGGGCCAUACGGUGAUCGGGCUGGAGAAGAGCCCCGAGGGCUUGACUGAGGAUACAGGGGAUAGCAUUGCUUUGGGCAGCAAUGCCACCAAGGUGCUGCGGACGUGGGAGCAAGGUAGAGUGUACCGCGAGCUCGUUGCGCAGUCUGACGAUGUGGCCGCCAUGGAGGUGCUCGACCCCGCCGGGAAGCUGUAUGCCAUGGACGUGAUGGAUGGCUACGGCGUCGGGGAGGGCAUGAUCAUCCAUCGGGGCACGCUGAUAACCGAACUGUAUCGCCAUGCCACCGCCUUGGGGAUUGACCUGCGGUUCGGGGCGGCCGUCACCGAGUACUGGGAGUCGGAGGACGGCGACCAGGCGGGCGUGACCGUGAACGGAGUGCAGACCAUCUCCGCCGACUGCGUCAUCGGCGCGGAUGGUGUGCACAGUCGGACUCGAGACUUUGUUCUUGGGUACCGCAUCCCCACGCAGGACUCUGGGAUAGCCGCGUAUCGGUCGUGCUUCCGGGCGGAACUCGUCGCAGGGGAUCCGGACGCCGCAUGGAUUUUGAAGGAAGUCGGCGAGCAGGAUCGCAUGCGGAGAUACAUCACCGACGGUGGCCUGGGGCUGACCCUGGCUACGGGGAAGCGUGGUCAGAAUGUCAUCUGGCAGGUUUGGCAUCGAAACGACGCGCAAUCGGCCGAGAAUUGGGAGAACACCACCAAGGCUCGUGUGGAUGAUGCCCUGGCCCUCUUGCAAGACUGGCCAAUCUACCCGAAGAUCGCCGCCGUCCUCCGGCAUACCCCAAGCGAGACGCUGGCGGACUAUAAGAUCAUUGCCCGGGAUCCGCUGCCACGUUGGAUCUCGAGCGGCGGACGCAUCAUGAUCCUCGGCGAUGCCGCCCACGCCAUGUCCCCCAUUGCGGGCCAGGGAGGUGGGCAGUCGAUCGAGGAUGCGGCGACGCUGGCUAUCUGUCUGGAGCUUACGGGCAAGUCGCGGGUGCGCCUGGGUCUCCAGGCCGUUCAGGCUCUCCGAUACCAGCGGACGCGCCUCAUCCAGGAGAGUGGGAAUGCCAUCUACGGGCAGAUGCGCGACCCCGACUGGGAGGCAAUCGAGAAGAACCCGGCGGUGAUCAAGUUCCCCCGGCCUGAGUGGAUCUUUGGGUAUGAUGUUCACCGGGAUGUCUACGAGGAGUUUCCGGCGGUCCAACGAGCGAUUCAAGACGGGAGCGAGUACAGACCGCGCAAUGUCCCGGAAGGCUGUGAAUAUCAGUUUGCGCAUGACUACAAAGCGAACGCAUCAGCGUAG